UAUGACUACUUCAAUUCCCCUUUGUUUCAGAAUCCAGAUUUUGGAAGCAUGAUGCUGCUGGAGCCUUCAGAAAUUAUGUUCAAAUCAUUUUCAGACAAUUCUGUUCGAGACACGAUGCAAGAUUGGCUUUCCUUUGAUAUGGUUGACCUUUCCUUCACACAAAGAAACCACCAAAAGGCCAAGCAAUUGGUGGUAAAGUCUGAGGUGCAUAACAAGGAAAGGUCAUACAUAGGUGUGAGGAAAAGGCCAUGGGGAAAAUUUGCAGCAGAGAUCAGAGACACAACAAGGAACGGUGCAAGGGUUUGGCUUGGAACCUUUGAGAGUGCAGAUGCUGCUGCUUUAGCUUAUGACCAAGCUGCAUUUUCCAUGAGAGGCCAUAAUGCUGUACUAAACUUUCCAGUCAAAAGGGUCAAAGAGUCUUUGCAAGAGAUGCGAUAUUGCUGCUGCAAUGGAUCUUCUCCUGCACUUGCACUCAAGGAGAGGAACUACAUCAAAAGAAAAAUGUCAUCAAAAGCUAGAAAGUGUAGAGAGAAACAAGAAUCAUCAGAGUCAGCAACAUCGAGUGUGGUUGUGUUAGAGGACUUGGGAGUUGAAUAUCUAGAGCAACUUCUCGCCAUAUCGGAUCAAAGUGUAAGCUUAUCUCCUGCUAUGAAUUAAUAAGGGUUUAGU